UUUUAUCAUUUAUUGAGAAAAGGAAAGGCAGUUUUAUGGUCAAGUCAAGACAAUAACUUGUGGAAAAAGGCACCCACUUUUAUGUGUCGAGGCUCUUGUCCAUUAGAUCCAUUGGCUGCUGGAUUUAAUAUUAAUUGGGACAUUGUUAAUUUGACUAAACUUCUUAAAGGCUUACUAAAAUUGAAUUUUGCAAAAGCACGGAAAAAACUUCAAGAACAUGGCACUAAAGAUGAAAAUGGAGUUACAAAGUCAGGAUCUCUUAAAGACAUGGAAGAAAAGCCAAAAAAUGAAACCAAGUUUGCAGGGGGGAAAGAAACAAAGCAAACCAUUAAGGAACAGCUUUCGAAAACUGAUACAAAAUCUUUGGUCAGCAUCGUGACAACGUCCUCAAGUACCAUCAAAAUCACUUCAGCAACAUCGUCUACUUUAGCUGCAACCAGUUAUCCAAUUUCAAAAGAUGGUUCCUGCCCACAUUGCGGGUCAAUUGCUGUGCGAUAUAUCAUCUUGGUGAAGGACUCUGCUAAAGAUGAAAAACUACCACCAACGUUGGAAAAACUGCUGCAGCUACAAAAAGCUUUCAAAAUGGCUAAAGGUGAAAGAGAUGGUGAUUAA